GAAUUUUGCCAUAAUUUUAAGAUUUUUCUUAAGAUUAUAGUGUUAUUCAGCAUUUAAAUAAUGCAAAUUUAUAUUCAAUCAAAUUAGGGUGUAUGAUCUGAAGCACUAGCAGUAAAUAUUUUCAUUGGAAUUCAUUGAUAUUGUGUGCACUGAUGCAUGGAUGUUUGUUCAAUAACCUGCCUACAGCACCAUCCAUUAAUACUGAUUUGUAAUUGAAAAACAAAUACAUUAUGUUCUUAAACAGCUGUGCAGCUGCAAAAACUGCAGCUGCCAGUUCAAUGUUUUCAAUUAACUAGCCAACAGUUGUGGCAACAGAGUACACCUUUCCACCUUGAUAUACUUUCUAUAUCUUCACCACUGACAGCUUCCAGCCAAAAUGAGAUUAUCGCUGCACACUGUUAUCUGCUGCUGUGUUUUUACUACGGUCCUGCCACCGGUAAAAGGUGCCACAGGAGAGCCCAGCGCCAGCCUGAAAAAAAGGUUUAGAGUGUGGCUGCAGAGCCACAUGAAGAGAGACCUGCGCAACAGCUUAGUGCCAGCCAAUGAGCAGGACUCACACAUCCAUGUUGGACCACAGCAGGACAGGGAUGCAAAAGAUCCAUCAAGCUUCGGGCUAAAUAUACGACACAAAAGAUCAUCCGGCUGCUUCCUCUCCACAUGUUAUUACCAAACCCUGGUUGACCAACUGAACAAGAUAAACGACAAGCGAAAAGACGUCAGUGCUCCACCGAUAAAGAUGGGCUCCAAAGGCUACGGACGCCGUCGCCGCUCAAUCCUGGAUGUCAGUCAGUUUGCCCUCCAGACCGGGAGACAAAGAUGGUGCACUGAAGCUGUUCAGCAAGUCAGCAGAAACAAAAGCACGAGCACAGUGGCCUAAGACAGGCAUGGAACGACAAAAGGAGAAUCUUCAUUGGUGUUAUUGGCUCACAGCAGAUGAAGAUAAGUCCCCUAAGAAGUUUUAUUCCACAUAGAUUCACAAUUACAUUUAGUAGAAGAAGGGCUGCUACAUCUGUAUGGCAAGUCAGAGGAAGCUAAGGUCACUCUGGAUGACAUCAAGAUUCAAAUAAUACAUACUGAGAAUCAUGCGUGCACAUGCUUAGGUGAAGGUUUCAGUGUGUCUGAACAAGUGUGAUUUAUUGAUGAGUUUAAGUCAGACCUGAGAGACAUGACAAGAAUGUCUGUCUCUCCUUCAGCUUCCACAGUGAGCUUGGCAGCUGAGACAGAAGACAAUUCCUGAGGACCUUCUCUGAAAUAUGCAUGUACUGAGGAGGAACCCAUUCUGCAAGAAACUCUCAAGAAACUGACAAUACUCAACCCUGAACUGCUGAAUACAGGAUCCUCUCACAAAUGAACCCCGUGUAGUGAACUGCUUGUUGGAUGAAAUUAAUACAAUAUGUACUAGCUUAUGCAUAGUUACAACUAUAUCAUUGUCAGCUUGUAUGUAAAAAAAUAUAGGGCUACCUUAUAUUUAAACAUAAAGUAUAACUCUAAUUUUUAUACAACAGAAAUACACACAAAACAUCUUUUUGUUUUUUAACUUCAGUGAAGUAUUUGAUGUCCCUGAACUGUGCAAAAUAACAAGUUUUGCCCUGUAUUCCUUAUGUGCAUUAAUAUCUAAUCACUGACUUACACUAAUUGCCUUAACAUUACUGUAUUGAUUAAACAUGUGUAUAUGUACUGGAACCUAAUAUUAGAGAUGUGUUACAUAGAUUUGUUUGGAUAGUGAAAGCCAUGCCACUUAAAAACAAAGGGUUUAUGUAGUCCGUGGCCAAACUUUGAUACCAUAGAACAUGAUGGAGAACCUCCUGUUGCUGCAACAUGGAAGGAGUGAUGAGCUAAUGAAAGCAUUGUGCUGCCAUCUAGCUUCACUGCAACAAAUGCAGGCCAAGAUGUGUCGAAAUCAAAGCACUAAUUUUGGUUAUUUGAAAUGUUUCAUCUUAAAAGCUUUAACUUUGACAUUUACUUGCUUCUAUAUUUGUAAUAAAUUCUGAUGUACUCACAAUUCAGCUGAAAGUACUUGAAUUACUAAACCUGAUUAAUGCCUUGUGGAAAAUGCCAGCAAGUUUAAUCAUUUUUAGCUGCUAAAACCUUGUUUCACAAUUAAAUGAACAAAUGAAACAAUGAAAUGAA